AUGUCAUCCAUAAUGAAAACAGUAGUUAAAGAAACAACUACAAAUCCUAAAGAACAAUUACCAAAGAAGAAGAAGAAAACUACUAUAAAAGAGACAACAUUAUUAAACUCUAAUAUUUCUUCUUCUUCUCUUCCUAAUUUUAGUACAGCACAUCAACAACAUCAUUCAGCUCCACCACAACAAAAUCAAGCAUCAAAAACAGGUUUACAAUCUAUAAAUGAAAAUCUCGAAUAUUUACCUACGAAUGGAACAAACGAACAACAACAACAACAACAAGAUAUAACAAAUUCUCGUUUUCCUCGUUCAAGUACAGUUCCUUAUCCAGCUUACGCAACAUUAAGAAAAGGUGGAGGAAAUCGUGUUCCUUCACAUUAUUAUUAUACGGAUUAUCCAACAUUUAUUCACGGAACGGUUUCACCUGCACAAGCACAUACCUAUUUCAAUACACGUCAACCAUUAUCAUCAAUAAAUACGAAUUUUCAACCAAUAUCACCGCAUCAUCAACAAUAUACUCAGCGACCUGUGGAUGUUCUUAAACCAACAUUUUUAAUUGUAUCAAAAGAAGCUGAACAACAAUUAACAUCUCAACUUUCAACUUCAACUUCACCUAUACCACCAAUAGGAUCUACUACAAUAAAAUCAUCAUCAUCAAAACCAAUGAUGAAAAAAUCGGAUACAAAAACACAGGAAAAAACAACUACCGUUACGGAUCAAUCAUCACCUACUUCACGAAAUGUCGAAGUUCAAACAAAUAAUGAUUCACCAACUCGAACAAUGUCAACAGGAAUACCAAAUAUAGAUAAUACCCAUCAACAUAUUGGCCUUAUUGCUGCUACACCUAAUCCAUCACCAUAUGUUCAUUUUGUUAAUGUAGCUUAUUCAACACAAUCUCCACAAUUUUUCCAAGAUGGUCCACCAGAAACAUCUAUCAUGCAAGAUGAAUUUAUUAAUAUCAAUGAUUAUCAUCAUCCAUCGGCUAGUAUUCGAUCAAUGCCAAAUAUUGCCUUGGCACAAGUCUCGCCUCAUCAUUUAUAUGGCUCGCCUACUUUACAACACUAUCAUCUUUCGCAACAAAUAUAUGACGAACAACAACAACAGCAACAACAGCAGCAGCAGCAGCAACAGCAAGCACCGUUAACAAGUACGGAAUCAACGGGUGUUCGAUCAACAACAGCACCUCAAAUGGGACCAACAUCAAAAACUAUACGUGCUGAAAUAGGAGAAACAGAUGAAUCAAGUUUAGCAUCACUUGAUUUUGCUCAUACUGAUUUCAUUGAUAUGCCUGGUUCAUGGAAAUAUCGAUCAUUACCAGAUGGACGUUCAGUACCUGUAACAGCAGGAGGAAGACGUUAUCGUGCACCAAUACCUCAAUCAUUUCUUGAUUUUCAACAAUAUGCCAGUGAUUCCGAACAAGUUGUACGUUCAUCUAGUUUUCGUCAUAAUCAAUUACAACAACAACCGUUAAUUCAAGUACGUCAAUUUGGUUCCAUACCAACAAUUAAUAGACCUUUUGAUUCAAUUCGAAGUCAACCAGGAGUUCAAUUUGGUCCAACAAUACGUUUAAAUGAAAAGGAUAUUUUAAAAAUCGGAUCAUUCUAUCAAAGUAUAGGUACAC